GUCCUUCCUCAGAUUCCCGUGAAGAGUGGAGGUCCCCAUGGGGCAGGGGUCCUCGGGGUGCACCUGGAGGGUCCGUUCAUCAGCCGGGAGAAGCGGGGUGCACACCCUGAGGCCCACCUCCGCUCCUUUGAAGCCAAUGCUUUCCGUGACGUGCUGGCCACCUAUGGCCCCCUGGACAAUGUCCGCAUCGUGACGCUGGCCCCUGAGCUGGGCGGCAGCCAUGAAGUGAUCCAGGCACUGACAGCCCAGGGCAUCUGCGUGUCCGUAGGGCACUCCGUGGCUGACCUGCAGGCUGCAGAGAAAGCAGUGCAGAGUGGGGCCACAUUCAUCACUCACCUCUUCAACGCCAUGUUGCCUUUCCACCACCGUGAUCCAGGCAUUGUGGGGCUCCUGACCAGUGACCAAGUGCCCCCGGGCCGCUGCAUCUUCUAUGGGAUGAUCGCUGAUGGUAUACACACCAAUCCUGCAGCCCUGCGCAUUGCCCACCGGGCCCAUCCCCAGGGGCUGGUGCUGGUCACUGAUGCUGUCCCUGCCCUGGGCCUAGGCAAUGGCCGCCACACACUAGGGCAGCAGGAGGUAGAGGUAGAUGGGCUGACAGCCUAUGUGGCAGGCACCAAGACGCUGAGCGGCAGCAUUGCCCCCAUGGAUGUCUGCGUCCGGCAUUUCCUGCAGGCCACAGGUCAGUGGGUGGCGUGCACGUGUGUGUCUGGGGGCAGAGGCUACGUCCCGGAGAGCCGGAGGGGAGGCAGGAAUUGGGAGAGUCCGUGCCAAUAUUCUUCUGCCACUGGGGACAGGAUCCAGGGGAUGGACUAGACCAAGUCCCUGCCCCCAAGGGAGCUUACAGGCAGA